GUGGCCACAGAGGGCGCUGUGGAGCAGCCUCGCUCCGCUUACACUGGCGCUGCGCCUCUCAGCCUCCUCACUCAGUGACAGAGAGCAGGAGGAGGGAGACCUGCGGCUGUGCGCUCCGGGCCCGCACUACUGAAACCCGCUGCCAUGCUGCUGCAGGCGGGAGUCUACGCCGUUCAGGCGGCGCUGCUGCUCCUCCUCCAUGUCCUGGAACCGGCGCUGGCCUUCAACCUGGACCCCCAAAGUACCCUGAGGAAGGACGGGGACCCCGGGAGCCUGUUCGGACUUUCUCUCACCUUCCACCAACAACUCAGGCCGGAUAAAGUCUUGCUGCUGAUUGGUGCCCCGAGAGCCAAAGCUUUCGGAAGCCAAAAAUCCAAAGUCACAGGAGGACUUUACAAGUGUGAAAUCAGCCAGUCCAACACCUGCGAACGUGUUGAUUUUGAUAAUGGCGAGGACUUGGAAAAUGAGAGCAAAGAGGAUCAGUGGAUGGGUGUGACGGUACGGAGUCAGGGACCGGGGGGAAAGAUUGUGACGUGCGCUCAUCGCUAUGAGAGGCGGGGCUCUGUGGGCCAAAGUAAUGAACAGCACUCCAUCAUCGGCCGCUGCUACAUCUUUAGUCAGGAUUUGACCAUUAACCCAAAAGCUGAUGAGGACGGUGGAAACUGGAACUUUUGUGAUGGGAGAGACAAAAGCCAUGAAAAGUUUGGAUACUGCCAGCAGGGCGUGGCGGCCGCCUUCAUCAGUCAUUAUCUGGUGUUUGGAGCUCCUGGAAGCUUUAACUGGAAAGGAAUUGUACGCAUGGAGCACAGGAACAGCACUUUCAUAGAGAUGGGGAUCUACGAUGACGGCCCGUAUGAAGCAGGGGAUGCAAGUGAUUUGGAUGAAACACUUGUGCCAGUUCCUGCCAACAGCUUCCUUGGAUUUUCUGUGGAUUCAGGACUCCACAUCUUGCCAGACGGUGUGGUGACUGUGGUGGCUGGAGCCCCCAGAGCCAACCACAGUGGAGCUGUGGUUCUGUUAACAAAAGAAGACAGAGGUAGUUUAGUGGGAGUCCAUACUUUCAAAGGGCCCAGACUGGCCUCCUCCUUUGGAUAUGACGUGGCUGUAGUUGACCUCAACAAUGAUGGAUGGGAAGACAUAGUUGUAGGAGCUCCUCAUUUCUUCAUGAAGGAAGGGGACAUCGGAGGAGCUGUUUAUAUCUAUAUGAACAAAGAAGGGAGGUGGGAAGGAGUUACUCCACUCCGCCUAAACGGUACCAAAGACUCAAUGUUCGGGGUGGCGGUGGAGAACAUUGGGGAUAUCAAUCUGGACUCGUAUAAAGAUAUUGCAGUUGGAGCUCCACUGGAUGACGAGGGUGCUGGAAAGGUCUAUAUUUAUCUUGGCUCUGCACAUCCGAUCAAAACCAGACCUGCUCAGGUCCUAACAGGAAAAGAGCACAACAUCCGUUUUUUCGGAUACUCUCUGACGGGCAACAUGGACGUAGAUGCAAACUUUUAUCCAGACCUUGCUGUGGGUUCUCUGACAGAUGCUGUGGUCAUUUACAGGGCCAGGCCAAUCAUUGCCAUAAAUAUAGAUGUUGAGACAUCUGUGCGUGAAAUCGACCUUAAAAAUAAAACGUGUGGCAACAACAUUUGCUUUAUUGUGAAAGCAUUCUUCACCUAUAAGACAAACCCUGCACACUAUAACCCAGUAAUAUCUAUUAACUAUUCAAUUAAGGUGGAUGAACACCAAAGAAAACUAGGACUGACCCCCAGAGUGUUCCUGAGCAGUGACUCAGGCUUUCAGAGUGAUGGAAGGGUGGAGCUGCAGAGUCAAAACCAAAGAAAAUAUGUUCAGUUAAAGGCCACAGUUAAGGACAACAUAAAAGACAAAGUGCGCCCUAUUUUCAUUGAGGUGUCUGCAGACGUUGUUCCUGCAACAGAUAAAACGACAAACGGCCUUCCUGCACUUGCACCAAUCUUAGACCCGUUUAAGCCAAACAAAAAUGUUACUCAGAUUGAUUUUGUCAAGGAGGGAUGUCGGGAUAUCUACGUUUGCUACAGCACCCUGAAAAUGAACUGCAGUUUGCACUACAGGCAAAGCAAUGAGUUCGUCCCGCUAAGCAAAAACAAGAACAACGUCGCAGAGUUUGUUCUGAAUUAUGAGCGGAGAGACUUGGCUCUGCUGGUGAACGUGACCAACAGUGGGGAUUACGCCUAUGAGACGAAGCUGGUGGGGAGUUUCCCACGCGGCCUGGAGUACUCUGGAGUCCGAAUGGUCAAACCUGCAACAGAGAAUCCGGUCAUCUGCAACGUCAAUCAGACCGGCUCCCAGGUGGAUUGUGAGCUGGGGAAUCCCUUUAAGUCAGACUCAGUGAUAACUUUUUACAUCAUACUCAGCACCAACAACAUUUCUGUUGAAACCACUGAGUUUGAGAUCGAUCUGCAGCUCAAAACGACAAGUAACCAGGAUAUUGAUCCUUUGAAAGUGAAGAGCACUCUGUUUUUUGAACGGCCUCUGCCUGUCAGUGGUGAAGCCCGCCCCAGUCAGGUCUUUUUUGGAGGUGCUGUGACGGGUGAAAGCGCGAUGAAGACCGAGGAAGAUGUUGGAAGUCUCAUCAUCUUCACUUUCAAGAUCCACGACCUGAAGAACCUGCUGUGGAAGUCCUCUCAUCAGGCUGUUCUGCACAUAAAAUGGCCUAAAUGGAACAAAGACGGGAAACAUCUUUUAUACCUGAUGAAAGUCUCCACUUACGGACAGGGUGGAGUCCGCUGCUCCCCAGAGACUGAAAUCAACAGCCUCAAUCUCACCCAUGCGACGCCCUCUGUGUCGGAGACGAACCAGGAAAACACAAAAGAAGAGGGAAAAACCAGUGGAAGAGUUUCGUCUUUUUCUGGAGGAAAAAGCCGUGUUUUGUCCAUGGACAGUGGAAUCCAUUGGGGGCAUCUACAGUGCUCCCUGCUGGGGGUUGGUGGUACUACAAUUGAACUGAGAACUCGUCUGUGGAGCUCAACGUUUUUAGAGGAAUAUGCUUCCACAAAACCCUCCUUGCUGUUGGUGAAGGCCUCUCUCGAGCUUCAGACUGACGUCAAGAACGUGAUCCUAAAACCUCCAAACAUAGACGUAAAGGUGGACGUGUCUCCAGACAGCGACGUGGCGCAGUAUGUGGUCCCGUGGUGGGUCAUACUGUUGGCUGUUCUCGCAGGAAUCUUGAUUUUGGCCUUGAUGGUAUUUUUGCUUUGGAAGUGUGGAUUCUUCAAGCGUUCGCAGAAGGACGACAGCGUUCCUCAGUACCACGCGGUGCGCAUAAGGAAGGAGAGUCUCGAGCGUGAAGAUGGAAAACUGCAACCUAACGUGACUGAAAAGAAGCAGUGGAUGACGUCAUGGAUGGACAGUGAAAGUUACUCUUAGACGAUGAAAUGAUUUGGUUAAUAAAUAAGCAAUAAUUCUGAUGUCAUCUAAAGUUUGUUUUAGUAUGUAAAUCAAAGAUUUGCUUGAAUUUUGACACUGUACAGAAAAUAUUUUUCUAAGUGUUUUUUUUUUAUCGUUUCUGCACAUUUUGUAUUUAUUUUUAUAUUAAAAAAGCAAACAGAGCCAAAGGUUUUUGUAACAAGUUUACAACAAUUGUUAUCUAAAAUCUAUGCAAGAAAGGUACAAGUCUUUCACUGUGGGAUGAAACCAGAGCAGUUUUUUUAAAUCAUGUUUGAAGUCAUCUUUACACAUCGCCUGUGAUCAGAUCAAGUUUAAAUCUCACUGCUGUGAUGUUGAGGUAGCAUCCACUGUACUUUAGAUCAUCACUGAACCUGCUUGUCAAAAGGGAACGUGCUAAAAAACUGUUUUUAUGGCUGUAACUUCUUCAUUAUGUGUCAAAUAUAAUAAAUGAUUAUUUCUAAUGUUCAA